AUGCAGACCCGCCAGGAGCAAGGCCCUCAAGACCGUGACUCGGAUUCUACCCAAGCAGGGGCCGGGGAGCAGCACCCUAGCCCGGCUGAGAGACAAGCUAGCAAGGCUUCCUCUGGCCGAGCAUAUUGUAGUAGGGGCACGAACGCUCACAACCCAGCUUGGGGAGGGCCAGAAACUAAGAUCGACGACAAAGCUGAACAACUGCUGCAAAUCACAGACGAGCAGGAGCUCGAGCUGAUCACCGAGGAAAGGAAAGCGACCUGGACGAGAAACGACCAAUCAUCGGUGAUUGACCUUACCUUCAUCAGUCCCAGCCUCAGCGGCAGAAUAAUCCGCUGUGGGCGGGCGGAUGACAUUGAGCAUUCAUCAGAUCGUUUCCCUAUUAGAACCACUCUUGACAUGGAGACGCCGAUACUGACGCAGCAGAGAAGGAGAAACUGGAAAGCAACUGAUGAUGGCAAACUUAUUCAAAAGAUCGAAGAAGGCCUACGAGAAAGAGAUCUACCUAUGGUAGGCCACCGACAGAUUGAGGAGCAAUGUCAGAAACUACUAGGCGUCGUACAAUGCGCAAUUGACUUUCAACUCCGUGGGCAAACCCAUCGAUAUGGUCGAACACCGACUUUGACGAAGAGUGCAGGGCCGCCGUCAAAGAGGUUCGGCGACUACGACGAAUACACACGAGGACAAAAGCCCCCUACGACUGGAUGCUGUAUCCAGGACACGCAACAAAAAGACACGUCUGGUCACAAGAGCACUUUCCCGAGCACAUCGACGCCGGGUCCAACAGGUCAUCGAAGAUGGACCUCAGGGCAUGUGGCGCCUCGCCAAAUGGGCCAGGAAUCGUAA